GUGGCUACGUCAGCGUCUGCUCUACCUGGCUUGAGGAUCAGCGGACCGAGCCGGUCGUAUGGUGUUCCCCGCUAAGAGGCUGUGCGUGGUGCCAUCCAUGGAGGGCGUUCGUUGGGCAUUCUCCUGCGGUACCUGGCUGCCAAGUCGAGCCGAAUGGCUUCUGGCGAUGCGGUCUAUCCAGCCGGAGGAGAAGGAGCGCAUCGGCAAGUUCGUGUUUGCCCGCGACGCCAAGGCAGCCUUGGCUGGUCGUUUGAUGAUAAGGAAAUUAGUUGCAGAGAAAUUGAAUAUCCCUUGGGAUCAUAUCCGUCUGCAGAGAACUUCAAAGGGAAAGCCGGUUCUUGCGAAAGACUCGUUGAAUCCAUAUCCCAAUUUCAACUUUAACAUCUCUCACCAAGGGGACUAUGCAGUUCUUGCUGCAGAACCUGAGGUACAGGUUGGCAUUGAUAUCAUGAAGACUAGUUUUCCAGGUCGUGGUUCAAUUCCAGAAUUCUUUCAUAUCAUGAAAAGAAAGUUUACCAAAAAGGAGUGGGAAACAAUCAGAAGUUUUAAUGAUGAAUGGACUCAGCUGGAUAUGUUUUACCGGCACUGGGCACUGAAAGAAAGCUUCAUAAAAGCCAUUGGAGUUGGAUUGGGAUUUGAAAUGCAGCGGCUUGAAUUUGAUGUAUCUCCAUUAAACAUGGACAUUGGUCAGGUUUAUAAGGAAACCUGUUUGAUUUUGGAUGGGGAAGAAGAAAAAGAAUGGGCCUUUGAGGAAAGCAAAAUAGAUGAACACCAUUUUGUUGCAGUGGCUGUUAGGAAGCCUGAUGGAUCUAGACAUCAAAAUGUUUCAUAUCAAGAUGAUUCUAAGCUAUCCCAGAGGAAGUUUACCAUUCUUAAUUUUAAUGAUUUGGUAGCAUCUGCUAUUCCUAUGACACCUGAGGAUCCUUCAUUUUGGGACUGUUUUUGCUUCACAGAAGAAAUUCUAAUACGAAAUGGUACCAAGUCAUGAUAGGAUUCUCUUAGUAAGGAAAAUAAAUGAAAAGGGUGAUCUUGUGUAUUUACUGAAAUAAAUUGCCUGAUGUGAUCAAAUUUUAUUUAACAAAACAUUUUUAAAGACACAAAUUCUUUCUAAGAGCAGAUUUCCAGUUCAGUGGCUCCAUUGGCUCCAUUGAGUAUGCUCACUUCUUCCUUCCAGAACUGUAAUUAUUAGAAACAAUGACAGAAUCUUCCAAGGAUAAAUGUGCAUCUUAGAAAGAAAAAUGUAAACAUGCUUAAGGCAAGCAUUUCACCUUGUUUUUCAGAGAACUCUAAACUUUCUGUUAUCUUUCCAGAGACUUUUUUUGCAGAGAACUCUAAAAUUUCUGUUAUCUUUCCAGAAACUUGUUGCAAAUUAAUCGAUAUUUACUUUUCUAAAAGUGGGGACAUGUAUUUUGUAGUUAUAAGAAAAUGCCCCUGCCUUUCAUAACUAUUCUGCUGCAUAAGUUACUGUGCUAAGUUACUGUCUUGUAUGACAUCUGUUUAAGGUAUCAACAUUGCAACACUCAUUUUGCCUUGACUGUAGUAACACAAACUGCUGUUGAGACUUCCAGGUUUAUAUCUUCAUAAAGUUGUAACAUUUAUUUUAUCUUGAUAAAUUAUCCCCCCAAAGAUUCCAUCGACUCAGAUGAUUCUGAUUUUUUUUUUUUUUAACCACUGUCAAAAGUAAACUAUUGUAGAGAAAAAACUAAGUCUGUCGUCUUAGGGUUUCAUUACUGCGAAGAGACACCACAACCAUGGCAGCUCUUAUAAAGGACAUUUAAUUGGGGCUGGCUUACAGGUUCAGAGGUUCAGUCCAUUAUCAUUAUGCCUGGAAACAUGGUAGCGUCUAGGCAGUCAUGGCCCAGAAGGAGCGGAGAGUUGUAUCUCUUGUUCCAAAAGAAGGUAGGAGAAGACUGGCUCCCAAGUGGUUAGGAGGAGGGUCUCAAAGCCCAUCCCCACAAUGACAUACUUCCUCCAACAAGACCAUACCUACUCUAACAAAGCCACACCUAAUAGUGCCAUUUCCUGGGCCAAGCAUAUUCAAACCAGUUAUACCUGGUAUGGUUUGGGAGAGUUUCAUUGACAUCACACUACUGUGGUUGAGGAAAAUCUACCAGAGGGUACUCAUUUCCAUGUUAGGAGCUUUCAUUAUCUUUGUCAUUACUGUAAGCAGUACUACAGUGAAAAUGUGGCAUUUUGAGAGUCAUUGUUAUGUCCUGCAGACAGGAGUGAUUGGUUCAAAGGGUUUAAACAAAUAGCUUUAGGUAUUACCUUAUUGCUCUUUUUAGGUAUUACCUUAUUGCUCUUGAAAAACUUCAGUUUAUGCUUCAGCUAGUUGUGUUUUACCUUUCUUUUACCUGAAGAUUGGUUUGUUGGUUUUUGUUGUUUCCUUGUAUUGGAUAACUGUAUAACUGAAAAGUGAUUUAAAUUUACAUCCUUUUAUUACAAGUAAGGUUAAUAUGGCAUUGUUACUGGUAAUUUGCAUUUUCUUUUUAUGAACCUAUUGCUAAUCCCCAUUUGUUUUUAUUUACUAAAUAGAUUUAAAGUGAAUAUAAUAUAUUAAGAUACCAAGACCAUCAUAUUGAUGAGAGAAUCUAUUUAUGGUUAUAGUGCAUGUCUUCAGGAGUUAGUCCUGUUAGUGUUAAAUAGCAAGAAGUAGAAUAAUAUCGUUUUUAUUACUAACAUUAAAUGCUGUAAGUGCUCAAAAAUUCAGUAAAAGUUUUUUUUUAAAUUGAACAUGCUUAAUUAUAGAAAGCAUAGAAAAUCUUGAAGCAUAUCUAAUAGAUGAAGUGAUUUUUUUUCCCUAUAUGAGUAUAAUACUGAAAUAAAAAAUCAUUUGUCUUAUCAUUAUAAUAAAAUAAUAAUAAUUAUGG